ACAUCAAACACUUUAAACAGUCUGAAAACUUCUCCAAGACUCAGAAGGAGUCGCUCCUCUUUCAUAACCUGAGUUCUCUUUCUCGCUGAUUCUAUCUUUCUACCACCUCACUGAAAGUCCUCUUGAAUUCCAGUGCGUUAGUGUAUCUUAUAACUUGAUAUAUGUUGUCCUAUAGUGGAGGUGCAAAUGGAUGAUCAGAAUGGGACAACAUACACUUCUGAAGGAGGGGAAACAAAUAUUAUUGAAGUUAGCACAAAUCAAGAACCAUAUGAGGGUAUGCUAUUUGAAUCAGAAGAUGCUGCCAGAGUAUUCUAUGAUGAUUAUGCCAGUCGCUUAGGAUUUUUGACCCGUGUUCUGUCAUCCCGGAAGUCUGAGCGUGAUGGGUCAAUAAUCUCUCGUGGACUUGGAUGUAGAGGGGUCUCUGAUAAUGGUAGAAAAGUAAUGCAGAAGGAGUGUGGACAACGAGAAUUUUGCACAGCCAUGGUGUUGUUGAGGCAAGAGAAGCCUGGAAGUUGGGUUGUGAAGAAGUUUUUGAAGGACCAUAAUCAUCCGUUAGUGGUUCAAUCACAAAAGAGUCGCCGAACACUUGAUGAGAAGGAUAAGAAAAUUCAGGAGUUAACCGCACAACUGCGGGUGAAGAAGCGGUUAAGUGCAGCAUAUAGAGAACAGCUACUUGCCUUUAUGAAGGAUGUUGAAGACCAUAACAAUCACCUAUCAAUAAAACUUCAAUCAGUCUUUGACAAUCUAAAAGUGCUUGAAGCUAAAACAGUAGGUUUUACAUGAUAGAUACUUUUCAGAAGUUGUGUGAGUAUAGUAAGUCAUUCAGUUGCUUUCAGUUCUAGUUAUGCCUUCAAUUUUGUUUCUCGAAUCGGAAAAUCUGGAUUGAGAAAAGUAGGAAAAUUAGGGUGCAAUUCUGAAUGCUGUCCUGCGUUUUACAAAGCAUUGAAAGUAAAGAUAUAAAAUUGUGAUGGGGACAUGACAAAUUAGGGGUUGUGAGGAGAGCUGAUGAUUGAGCCAUGA